UUCUAAUGCGACCGAAUUGUUGCGACUUGACAAAUUUUGUCCAAUCUCAACAAACUUUCAAAGGUACCGCCGAUUAAAAUUGUAGGCCUCCAAAGCAGGACAAUUCUCGGACAAAAAUAACCAAACAAUAGAAAGGUGCUAUUUUAUGUCAAUAAACUUCCUGGUCUUGGUUGGACUUUGGCCAGAAUCGUCAACUGAACCCGAGCGAGGUCAUAUGUCACUUUGACGUCCACUUCGCCAACAUAAUGGAUCCCUCGUGGCCGUAUCCAAGUACUUCUCAAUACUACCCUUAUCAAUUUGACGUAAACUACUUCAAUUAUCAUUACAAUAAUGGUCAGCAGCAAAGAAACCAGCCAGAUGCUACAGCGCAAAGCAGCGGACAUAUCAACGUUCCAUCACAGAGCCAAGAAUCAAAUCCAACAACGGCGGGGAGUUCUGAGAUUGAAUCUGCUACAACUACCUCCUCGAACCUCAAGAAAUACGAACGCUGGACUCAUGACCAGCAGCAAAUGCUUGUGCAGUUGUGGGCUGACAGACAAGACAUCAUAAAUUCCAAAGAUAACAGAAAGGCAUGGAAAGAUAUCGCAGAAACUCUGAAUAAAAAGUGCAAGACAAAUAAAACCUCUGAUAAAUGUAUCAGAAAGAUGAAGUACCUCGUUGAUCUCUAUAAAGCAAAGAGGGACUGGAAUAAAAAUCAAACCGGAGGACCUCUACGAAAGUCCAUAUUCUACGACGAGAUUGACGAAGUUUUGGGAUGCAGAGACUCUGUGACAUUCGCACACGUAAAGGAAACCGAUGCGACAGCUUCGAGCAACUCCUCUACCUCCACAAGCACUGCUAAUAGUCCGGCCUCAACUGCAGCAACUCCGGGCUCAAAUCCUGAUGAAAGUGAUGCCGAAAAGGGCGAGAAGGAUGAUGCAAAAUCAAAGAACGAAUCGAGGACAGACAGAAAAAAGAGGAGAAGGAAAAGGAGAAGAGAAGAGGAUGAUGACGGUGAUCUAAAAGAAGCCAUUGAAGGUAUCGCAGCUCAAGGAGAACGAGUUGUUGGUUCGAUGGAAAGAAUGCUAGAGUCGCAAACCCAGCAAAUGGCUAUGAUGAACAAUUUUUUGGGUGAUUUUUUGAAAAUAGUUGCAAAGGACAACUCAAAAGACAAAUGAAGGUCUAAAUAUAUAAUACAUUCAAUUUUUUUGUUCAUGUUCUUGGUAAUAUCUACGAUUAUUCAGAGGAGAUUUUAUUAUUGAUUAAAUUUUGAUUAUAAAAAUGACCAUCUUUAGUAUGGUAAAAAUGACCUUUAAGUGCAAUCCAAAAGAACUUGUAACAAUUUUUUAAUGGGGUACAUGCACAGUACGAUCGAUUAUUUUAUGAAUUCCACUACAAUUUUAAUUCAUAAUGUACGUACAAUAUGCAAAUAUAAAGCUAUACAAUUCAGUAGUAGUUGAUAAAAAUUUCUUAAAUCACGGGAAUGUAGAUUGCGUUUUAGUA